GCGCAAAUUCCAAGGGUGGCGGUUCUGCUCAUGACGACUCUUGCUCCAAACAGUGUAUACCAGACUCUAUUUACUGGACAAAACCAAGUUUAUACAAACUCAAGUGGCGAGGUCCUCAUGAAUCUGGACAUUUCUAAUGCACAUGAAAAUCCAGGAGCGGACUCAUAUGUUCAACAAGUUUGCUCUGUUGUUAUUAGCCAAGAAAAUCCAAUUACUUCUGAAGUACAAAGUGAACUUAAGGUAUCUGAAUCUGUUUCUUCUGGUCCGGUGGGACGUUUCGAAUGUAACUACUGCCAUAAGAAUUACUUUUCUGAAUCCAAUCUCCAACUUCAUUUAGAUGUUGCUCAUCGUGGUUUACGUCGUUUUCAGUGUAACUUUUGCGGCAAAACUUAUGCUAAAGGUUUCCUUCUAAAAGCUCAUGUGAAAAGUGUUCAUGAAAAUAUUCGUGAUGUGACAUGCACUAUAUGUCAGAAGGCUUUUUCUAAACGAUCUGUGAUGCGCAGGCAUAUGAAGUCAGUUCAUGCAGAGAAAAAAGAUUUUCACUGUAAUCUAUGUCAAAAACAGUUUACAGAAAAAAAGAAUCUUCAGAUGCAUAUAAAUGCAUUGCAUAAAGGUCUACGACCCCAUCAAUGUGAUGAUUGUCUCAAAGAGUUUGCUCGGAAGUGCGAUUUGUUAAGACAUUCAAAUUCAGUUCAUCGUGAUUCCAAACCUUACAUGUGCCCGUUAUGUAAUAAAGGGUUUCCACAGAAAUGGUAUUUUGAGCGUCAUGUGGCUUCUGUCCAUAAAAAGACUCCAUUUCCAGUAUCUUUUAUGGUGCCACGACAACAAACCCAACAACAACAUCAAACUUUACAAACUCAACAAGAACAACAACAAAUACAAGAAAUGUUACAGCAACAACAACAAGAACAACAACAACAGCAACAUCAAUUAAUUCAUCAUCAGCAGGAACAACAACAACAACAACUGACAGUCCUUCAAACUCAACCUCAUUCUCAACAAGUCAACUUACCUAUGGGCACUAUAAUUGCCACACCUGGCUCUGUUCAGAAUGCAAUGCCUUCUGGUACACAGGUAAUGAUGGUUGCUCCUGGAGUAAAUAUGCCUAUGCCAGCAUUUUUCUUUCAACCACAACAAGCUACUCCAUUCGCAAAUACUAUUACUAUGAAUCCACACACAGCAGUUCUCCCGACAAGUACUAAUUCUCUAUUUCGUUCCAAUUGUGCUACAACCUCAGCAACAUUCAUCACUUCUCCUUUUGGUGUUAGUCAUUUACCUGUGAAACCGAUAACUUUUAAUUCAACACAAAUAGCUGUUACUGCUCCUUCAACUCCGUCACCUUCUAGACCAUCAAAAGAAUAUCAGUGUGCGACUUGCUCCAAAGUGUAUCCUCGACGUCAAAGUUUGCAAGCUCAUAUAAUACAAGUACAUACAGAUAAAAAGCCAUAUGAAUGUAAUGUAUGUCAUAAGGGUUUUGUUCGUCGUUGGGAUUUUUAUCGUCAUGUGAACUCUGUCCAUCAUGAUAAUGCAACAACUGCUAUUGGCAAUGACAAAUUAGAAGAAUAUGUAGCAUGGAUGCGUGGACGUCGAUCAUCGUUGGAUAUUAGCUGGGAAUGUUUAAAUGCUGUUCGACCUGAUUUAACAAGAGUCAAAAUAGAAGGACAACCACAAACUUCACAAAUGACACCGAAACCAGAACAAAUGAAUCAUUACCUCAUAGGAUCAGAUGUUACAGCUGUUGAUACAUCAGAUAUAAAUAAUUUAUGAUAACAUAUAAACAAAUAACAUAAAUAUUGUUACUUUCUGUAUAUAAUUAUGUAAAUGAAUUAAUUCUUUUAUUCGUUAGUUUGUCGAUAAAAUCGAUACAAUAAUGUGGUUGAUUUUUCUUUUUUUUUCUCAUUAGGCUAAUCUUUGUUUAUCAAGAGUCGUCUACUGUUUGGUUUCCUUUUUUUCCUUAGGUGCAAUAGCCCUACUGUGAUCAUGCAUUGUUCUAUAAUAUUCAUCAAGUGAAUAUUCUCGUUUGUACCCUUAAAAUUUUUUGCAUAUUCAAGCAAAUUUGCAUCAAUUCUUAUUGUUAUUAUUACUAUUAUUAUUGCUUGACGUUAUUUUGUUAAGCGUUUAAAAUUAAAUUAGCAGCAGUAUUACAGACUACUCUUUAUUCAAACCAAAUAACAAUCUUUUUCUCACUGAAAUUUUCCAGUGGUUUUCAUAUUGCUAGUAUUAAUGUUAUGAGCAUUAUUUUACAAUCAUGUAGUUAUGAUAAUUCAUUGUUCUUUUUUUCGUCUCAUCAUGUUCAUCACUACAAGUUUAAUUUCUUUUUGUUAUGUAUCAAUAAAUAAUUCGUAUUGUAACUAUUAUUUCCUAUGCUCCCCCCUCCUUAAAACUAUUUUAUCUCAUAUUACCUACAAUCUAAUUAAAUUUUUAUCCCACUCUUUCAUAUUAUAUAUAUGUUUACUGCUUUGCUUCAGCAUCAUUAAUUGGUGGAGCAGCUGAGUAAUAUUUAGUGAGUGUAAAAUUUGCUUAGUGUCCAACUUUGCAUGGAUUAUCUACAUUAUUUUUAUCACAACGGGAGAAAUAUCGGUAAAAGUAUAAUAUACUGGUAGCCUUGAGUUAACCAGUCAUAAUUAAGAUAACGCCUGAUGUAUUUUGCGCGAAGUUUAAAGUGCAGUGAUAGAUAGCGUAUCUGACAUUAUCAACCAAGAGAUAAUUGGCAGUGCUUGGUUCUUAGAAUGUUUGAGAUCAAUGAAAAUAUCUACGAUGCAACCAAAAAGUUAAUUUUGGAUGGUGCUAAGGCUAAAUUACAUAACAUACUUGCUUCUUAAGAGGAUUUUGAAUUAAAGCACCUAAUAUCGUCCAUUGUGUAAUCAAAUGUUUAGUGAAGCUAGAUAGUAUUCUCCCUGUUUCACUCGUACUCUAAGUAUCAGAGGUUUGUAAACGGGAAAAUGGCAAGGCCACUGCAUUAUUGCUGAUGUUUGUUCGUGUUGAAAACUUUGACCUUAAUUUGCAAGACUAACUCAAAAAUCCAGUUGAACUCUUAAUGCUUAACCCCUACCUUUAGCAUUAUAACUAAUGUCAGUUGGUGAUGAAACCUCUAUGGGGUUGUAAACUUAACUCAAAACACUAGCCCGACUCUUAAUAUGCAUGUAUGUUUGUAAACUUGCCUUUGUCUCUUUACUAUAAGGGGUAAUUUGACUUGUGAUGGUUAUUUAUUACGGUGAAAGUUAUUUCAUUUUUUUAAAAAUUGUUACUUGUUUCAUAAUAAGGCACUGUUUCCUAAUUGACAACUUUAUAUUUAAUAUAUAGUAUUAUGCAUUAUAGUUGCUUCCUUGUUGCUUCACAAG